AAUAGUGCCAUAACAAGGUCUAAAAGAAGGGGAAGGCCGCCAAAGUCAUUCUCUCUUGAAUCAUCAGAUACUAUAUCUAAAAGGAGAGGAAGACCGUUAAGUACAAAUGUUUUGGGUAGGAGAAAGAAUACACGUAAAUUAUCUCCAUUACCUACAAAAAAUUGCUCUUCCAACAAAGAUGCGGAUUCAGAAAGGUUGCCCUUUGACUAUAAUGAAAGUGGUGGGAAAAUACGAAUUUUGAAACGUGCUUUUAUUUCAGGACCUGGUACUAAUUCUCGAAUUCAAGUAAAACGUUCGCGAAAUGAAUCUAGCAUGGUAUCAGUGCUCAUUGAACAGAAAACACCCUACAUGGUUGAUGAGUGCAACUCUAUUGGUUCUAAUGUUGAUGAGGAAACGGAAGCAUUUACGCAAGUUAAUGAGCCCAUAGAACCUUCAGCAAUCAUUUGGCUGCCAAGACAAAAUGAGAAUACAGGUGCAUUUCGCAUUGGAGCCAACGACGUCCUGAUGGGUAUUAAUCGAAAUAACAGUUAUAUUGAAGAUACUUCAAAUUUUAUAACCGAACAAGAAAAUGCUUCGAAUCAUGUUCUGUCAUUUGAUACCCCUUCAGUUAAUAUACUUGAUCCAUGGUUUGAUUCUUAUUUCGGUUUCCCUACAUUUGACGAUGAUCUUGUCUA